GAAAGAUAUUUCUUUGGUUUUUAUUUAGUGCGUAAUCAGGUUGCUGGCAAAUGUCACGACUACUGUUAUUCCUACAAAUCAGCGUUUCCUUUUAAUGAUUUCGUUUUACUUCAGGGUGAUGUAGUGAAAACGCCGAACGGUGUGCGCAAGAAGUUCAAUGGAAAGCAAUGGAGACGUCUCUGCUCCAAAGAGGGCUGCACGAAGGAGUCACAACGACGAGGAUUCUGCUCCCGACAUCUUUCACUAAGGGUGAGUUAUCGGCAAACAUACUUCAAAUUAAAGAAGGAGCUUCAAAUUCCUUUUUUGCAAUUGAUUGUACACCUACCAAACGAAAUAGAAGCCACUAACCACAACAAUUCAAUUACUUUUGGGGAAGGCGGCAAGAGUUGA